AUGGCUAGUCACACCAGCGAGGAACUGGGUCCGGACCACCGCAACGAGCCGCCGGGGGGAAAGAAGCGGCGCCACGACGUCGCCAGGCAGGCCUGUGAGCGCUGUCGCGUGAAGAAGACUCGCUGCGACGAGCAGUUCCCUUGUGGGCUGUGUCGGGGAAUGGGGAUCGAGUGUGUCUACAGCUACCGCAAACAGACUCGUAGCGAGAUCUCCUCGAACGCCCUGCUCCGAAUGCUGGGACGCCUGGAAUGCAAGCUUGAUAAUAUUUCCGCAAAGACGCCUACUGGCUACUCCUCCCAUGCUGGCACUAUCCCACACUCAGGCACGCCCUGGACAGCAGACAACCCUCCACCACCUACCUACGUUUCUCCUCCAGCCCAUGAUGUCGUCGAGAGUGCGCCCAGCUUCCCUCCGUCCGCCGUCGUCCCCUGGAGUGCGCACCAGCUCAUCCUGUGGAGGCCGAUCCUCCCGAUGCUGCCGGACGCGAUCAAGGCGAUUGUCAACGAGCACGGCGUAGACUACUCGACAGCGCUGGAGAUGAAGAGACCCCGUCUGCCCAUAGGACCGCGACCAGGCAGCAGGAACGAGACGGACUUGCUGGGGAAUCUCAGCGUGUCGAUGGUGAAGGAGCUGUGUGAAUCGUACUUUUCCACAUUCCACCUCACAUACCCGAUGAUGGACCGCACAUUCUUCCUGCGCCAUACGCUGCCUGCGGCUAUCAAGGGCGAGUUUGGAUACGACGUCGAGAGCUGUGUUGUGCUGGCUGUGAUGGCCCUGGGCUGCUGGUCCAAGCGGGCUCUGGGGGAGUUCCACGAGUAUCGUUCCCAGGGCCAGCGCAAGCUAUCAGGGAGCGAUAUGAGCUAUGAGUACAUGGGGCCUGGCGUUGAAGCAAAUAUCCCUGGGCUCGCCUUCUUUAAUGAGUCUAGGAAACGCAUUGGUUGGCUGAUCAACGACAAUGACAUACAGAGCUGCCAGUACUAUCUAUUGUCGAGUAUGUUCUAUGCACAACUGGUGCGGCCUGUCGACUGGUGGACAAUGGCCAACCGAGCCAGCACCUGCUGUCGCAUGUUCUGGGAGAAUGUUCCCACGCCCUGCGACGAGUGGAUUGUAGAUAUGUGGUCGCGUCUGUUCUGGAACGCCGUCAUGUUCGAUGCUAUCCUGGCGCAGGAGCUGAAGCUCCCUGGAGGCCAGCUCGACGAGCUCUCGCAGCGAGUCCCCUUGCCCACGUUUGUCAAGUUGCAGCAGCCUGCAUUCCUACCGAUGGAGUCGGAUGCUGAAGAGGACGAUUCGUUCUUCCAUUAUCACUUUCUGGCGCAGGUCGCCCACCGGAUCCUCUUGACGAGGACCAAGUCUAGUAUAUUUUUUACCAGUGAAUAUUCAUCACCUUCAGUACAGGAAGAACUGCACCAGCAGCUCGAGAGAUGGCGAAACCAACUGCCCACGGGUCUUCAAUUCGACGACGACCAUCUGGCUCCAUUGCCUGACUCCCCCAGUGAGAUUCUCGUCGUCUCCUGGCUUCGCUUCCGGUAUAUCAUAGCCAAGUUCCACUUUGGGAGACCUUUACUCCACAAAGUCAUCAGCCGGCCAGAGGACACGACAGAUGCCGAACUGCGCAGAUGUGCAGAAGUGUUUGACCAGAUCUUCCAGUGGGAGCCCAUCAUCAGAGUCAUCGCAGUGAUGCCGAGCUGUAUGCCGUUGAAGUUCCAAAUAUCCUCACAACUCUUCAGCCACAUCAUCCUUGUAUGGUGCUUCCGACACUGCGCCGAUCCCAGAGUACAACAGGUUGUGCCCUCGCGAUAUCGAUCGUGGUGUAACUUUGCGCUUGGAUUCCUGCAGGAGACUGCGUAUUCCGGGCCCACGCUGGCGAAGGAUGCAGAGAUUGCAACGAUUUUAUGCCAGGACUUGAUCUACUAG